CCUGCAUCACACGUUGCGGCUUUUACAACCUCAUGAAUAACAAAUGCAUCAGUCAGGAACGGGCUGAAGAUGGCACCCCUUGUGAUGUAUUAAACAUUAUCAAGAAGGCUGGACCCUUUUCCUUUACUCUUGCUGACUUGACACAAUACGACACAGACUAUAACGACUAACGUAGCUGUGGGAUGUCACAGUACACACCUCAGCAUCCCUUGGACUGGAGGCAGAAGAGCCGGGGUCGCCAGAGAAUUGGCUGCAGGGGAAACAACAGCCACCUUUUAUAGAUUUAUACAACCGCCGUUUAUAAUAACCAACCAUGAAGCUGAAGUUACCGAACCCAGGACUGGACGACAGGAUCCCCUCCCAUGAGGAUUUAGAACGGAUGGAAACGGAGGAGGCUGGAGACAGGCCCAAAUGGGACAACAAAGCCCAGUACCUGCUCACCUGCGUGGGCUUCUGCGUGGGGCUCGGCAACGUCUGGAGGUUCCCCUACCUGUGUCAGAGCCACGGAGGAGGAGCGUUUAUGAUUCCGUUCCUCAUUCUCCUGGUUCUUGAGGGGAUCCCACUGCUGCACCUGGAGUUCGCCAUCGGGCAGCGACUGAGGAAAGGCAGCGUGGGAGUGUGGCGCUCCAUCAAUCCCCACAUGACCGGGCUUGGCAUCGCUUCCUUGCUGGUCUCCUUUCUGGUGGGGAUGUACUACAACACCAUCAUGGCCUGGAUCAUGUGGUACCUCUUCAAUUCCUUCCAGGAUCCGCUGCCUUGGAGCCAGUGUCCCCUCAACACUAACAAGACAGGGGUGGUGGAGGAGUGUGCACGGAGCAGCACCGUCGACUACUUCUUUUACAGGGAGACUCUGAACAUUUCGACCGCUAUCGACGAGCCUGGAGACCUGCAGUGGUGGAUGGUGCUAGUCCUGGUGGCUGCCUGGACUGUGCUCUAUGUCUGCUGCAUCCGGGGAAUCGAGACCACUGGAAAGGCCGUGUACAUCACUUCCACUCUGCCGUAUCUCGUCCUCACCAUCUUCCUCAUCAGAGGACUGACCCUCAAAGGCUCCGUAGAGGGAAUCAAGUUCCUCUUCACACCAGAUGUGAAUGAAUUAAUGAAUCCAGCGACCUGGUUGGAUGCAGGUGCUCAGGUUUUCUACUCCUUCUCCUUGGCUUUUGGAGGUCUCAUCUCCUUCUCCAGUUACAACUCAGUUCACAACAACUGUGAGCAGGACGCCGUGGUCAUCUCCAUCAUCAACGGCUGCACCUCGGUGUACUCCGCCACAGUCAUCUACUCCAUCAUCGGCUUCAGGGCCACGCAGAACUACGACGACUGCAUGGGAGACAACAUACUGAAGCUGAUGAACACCUUCAACUAUCCUGAAAACAACAUCACCGAAAGCAAUUACCACGACGUGCUGGGCCAGCUCAACCAGACAAGCCCAGACAUCAUCCAAGAGUUACAACUACAGACGUGUGACUUGAAGACUUUCCUCAGUCAGGGUGUGGAGGGAACAGGGUUGGCUUUCAUCGUGUUCACAGAGGCUAUCAUCAAGAUGCCCAUCUCUCCCCUCUGGGCAGUGCUCUUCUUCAUCAUGCUCUUCUGUCUCGGCCUCUCAACUAUGUUUGGAAACAUUGAGGGAGUGGUGGUUCCUUUGCAAGACCUCAAAGUCUUGCCCAGAACCUGGCCCAAAGAAGUUGUGUGUGGUCUGACCUGUCUGGUCUCUUUCGCCUUUGGGCUCAUUUUUGCCCUGCGCUCUGGAAACUAUUGGCUGGCUCUUUUUGACAACUUCGCUGGCUCCAUCCCUCUACUAGUCAUCGGAUUUUGUGAAAUGAUUGUUGUGAUCUACGUCUAUGGUGUAGACAGGUUUAACAAGGACAUUGAGUUUAUGAUUGGCCACAAGCCUAAUCUAUUCUGGCAAGUAACGUGGAGAGUGGUCAGCCCACUCAUCAUGGUCUUCAUUCUGAUUUUCUACUUUGUCACCGAAGUCACAAAAGAAAUUACUUAUUUGGUCUGGGAUCAGGAGGCGGAGAGCUUCCCCACCCUUGACCCACGUCCUUACCCUUCCUGGACCUACGUAAUCGUCUUCAUCUUGGCUGGAAUCCCCAGUUUGGUCGUCCCAGCAGUCGCCCUCUUUAAAUUCAUUCAGAGGAAAUGCUGUAGCAAAAAGGAGCACAGAGACGACACAGUGGACACGAUCUUUGCCAAAAUACAAAUGAGUGACAAAGAUAAGGAAUCUUUAGGAUAGGAAGGUUUUAUUUUAUAAUACUAAAAUAAGUGCAUAUGUAUGAAUGACCUUUUUAUUACUUGUAUAUUAGUUUCUUGCUUUUUCUUCCUCAUGACUGUAGAGUGAUAGUGAAAAGCACCAGAGUGGCCUUGUGGCUUUAAAGACAGAACCUUAAAACCCAGUUUCCACAUGUUUGGUAUAAUGUAAAAAAAUAUAAAUUAAUUUAAUGUUAUAUAAUACUGUUAUAUGCUCAGCACUUACACUCGGGAAAACUAGAGAUAUUAAAAUGUCUUUUAUAUGCAAUAUUAUCUAAGCAACAUUUGCAAUGCAGGACUUAAAGAGAUUACAAAAGGCCAGAGCUACAAUUACAUUUCUCAACUGUGAACUUCAUUUUUCCUCAGUAGCACAACUGGUCCUUGGUUUGUGAAGCCUAAAAGCAGGUUGAAUAUAUUACUCAUUGAUAGCACCGAGAGAGAAGAAUUAAAGCGUCAUCAGUUAAGAGUAAUGAUUAGCGAUGAGUACUAGGGCUUCUGGAGUAAUGGCUAACCUGAAGAGUGAUGCAUUCUACUGUCAGGAUAUAACGUGUUAACCAAUGAUGACCACUUUCUUGGAACGCUACAUGCAGUAUUGAGCCUGACUGUUUCUAAUACUUGUACAUUUGAAAGGAAUAAUUGGUUCGUUUGUUCAUGUCAGGCAGGCUACAAACAAAUAAAUGCAAAACAACGCCAACGAAGAAUAUUUAUACAGUAUAUAUAGUUAUAUUUUGUUGGAACAACUGAAACCUAAAACCUUCUAAAGUCUUGUACAUGUAUAGAGUAAAUUGCAUAAACUUGGCCUUUGACCCUUUUAUGUGACAAACCUGUUCAUAGUUAAUACCUAACUACUCUACUGGUAAUUACUCUUAUCAGCAUUGUUCUUUUUUUAACAUACAUACAGCACAGCACUGCCCCCACUUUCCAUAGCUUAUAUAGAGCUACCUUAUCAAGCACAGUACUGUGCCAACUGUCCCAUAGCUCAUAUAGUGUUACCUUAUCAAACAUGUACUUAUAUCAGCAUCUUAAAGGGCAAAAGAUGAGCAAAGUGACACAGUUUGAGAUUUAGAGACUUCAUUUACAGACGGAAAAGGCCACUUCCUAAAUUACCUCUGAGCAACUAAGAUGCUCUGCUAUGACUUUAGACUAGUAAGGUCCUUACUGUAUGUCUAACAUUGCCAUGGUAAUACAACAUUACAACAUUAAAAAUCAGGGUAACCUGAGUUAAAGGCAACAAAACAUGAGCUAGAAAUAGGGAAUGAUAAAGAAAUGACAAACGUCCUCUCUAAAUGUAUUGGCAGGGUAAAACAAAUAGGCUCGUCAACUAUACUAAGUCUGUAUCUGCCUCAGUAUAGAUGUACUGUAGUAUGACUAUUAACGCUGCUGUCAUCUUUAGGCGCAGAUGAGAUUCCGAUUCCGUAAGCUCCUCUCUGGGUGAUAACUUCUGCAGUCUAUAUUUUUCCACUGUCCUCCCUCCACCUCCCAGGCUUGCUCAACAUGUUGCACAACAUGCACUGAUUACUGUAUGGUUCUAAAGUAGGUUUCUCUCUGGUGAUUUAGCUGGAUGAAAUGAUCUGUAACAAGCUGAUUUUACCUGCUACCUGCAUAUCAGAGAUUAAACCCCCUCAGAGUUUUGCCCACUUGUCUGAGUGAUUGCUCUGGAAUUAUUUUAUUGGGCAUACUUGUAAACAAAAAGACAGUGAUGGUUUAAAAAUUAGAUUCUGACACACUUCAAGAUCAGACAUUAUAUAAUAUUCUGGGACCUACUUCAGGACCCGUAUCAGGUGAUCUGUGUUCAGUCAUGAGAUCCAGUGAACUAGCCGAACCAUUAGUGAUGAGGUACAGCUGGAGUCUCUGGGGGUCUCUGGGACAGCUGCCCGUUUAGUAAUCCAGUCUGUGGUAUGUGAUCUGUAAUUUAAAGCUUAUGUGCGCACACAGUAUGAUCCGUUACUACAAUGGAUGGAUUUCACCAGAUGAAAAAGUAGGUCAGUCUCAGCCUGAUGUAAGUAGACGAAUGCAAAACUCCGUCAGAUUGUAGAAAACCCAGAUUUACUGUAAGAAAUUAUUUAACUUAAUUGUAAUAAGUCAGGCUACAUUUGCUUUUAUCUGAAUAAAUGUAAGUUAUAGUUAUAGUUAUAAGUGAGCAAAAGUGACAACGUUGUUCUAGACGUCUCUGUAGUUGUCUGGUCAAUCUCCAGGUGUUCCUCUAAUCAGCGGCAUGAGCUCUAAAGUUAACGGCCGAUCUGUGGACCUUUUAUUCAACAGUCCUCUUCACAUGAUCCCCUGUUAAAAUAUUCUUGGAGCAACAACUGUCACCAAGACUGGGGGUAUAAAAAUAGAGGUAUAGAGUGUGCAGAAGCUAAUCUUGUCUGCACCAGAUACUGUAAAAGAGCAAAAACAUGUCUCAACAUUGCAG